AAAUAAAUGUCUCUGUGCAAUAUUUAUGCGCCAGUUCAGUUGGCAGCUGAUGACUGUUGUUUUAGCUGUCAUGCCUAAAGCAGCUCGACUCAGUUGUAUUGCUUUGACUGAUUGAUAAUAGGAAGCUAAUAUGUGUCGCACAGCUUCAGGUUUUAUUUCUUGAAGGUCAGAGGAGUAAUGCUGAUAGGAUCUGAAUGGCAUAUGUCAAAUUUUCAGGUGCAAAGCUUGCAGUAAAGUAUAUUGACUGGACAUGGAGGACUAUCACAGCAUCUGUGCCACAACUACACUAUGAGGGAACCACAGUCACAGAACCAACACAAAUUCUAAACUUCCUACGAAAACAGAGAUUCAAUGCCGACUAUGAGUUGACAGCUAAGCAAGGUGCAGAUACAAUGGCUUAUAUCGCCCUCCUGGAGGAAAAGCUGCGGCCAGCUCUGCUGCACACAUUCUGGGUGGACGCAGAGAACUAUGCUAAUCUGACCCGACCCUGGUUUACGUCACAUUCCCCGUUCCCCCUUAACUUCUUUGUACCGGGUCGACAGGCCAGCUUGGCUCUGUCCCGCAUCUUACUGACCAAAGCAGAGUCGCCAUUGCUGAACAUCACAGAAGUAGAGGGAAAGAUCUACAGUGAAGCCAAAGAGUGCCUGAAUUUGCUUUCCCACAGACUUGGGAACUUCCAUUUCUUCUUUGGAGACACGCCUACAAGCCUGGACGCCUUUGUGUUUGGCCAUAUCGCCCCUCUAAUUAAAGCCCCUCUGCCCAGUGGGCAGCUUCAGAAGCACCUGAACCAACUUGAUAACCUCUGUCAGUUCUGCAACGCCAUCCUUAAAAACUACUUUACCGAUGCCCCUGCUGAGACGAGAAUGGACUGCUCACUGACGGCUACCCAUGAUCCUGUCGAUGCAAACCUCCAGAAACUGACACAACUUGUUAACAAAGAGUCCAACCUUAUUGAAAAGAUGGAUGACAAUCUUCGCAGCAGUCCGCAGCACAGACCGCACAGACAUGAGACCAAACCCUUGGCCCUGGCCGGUGAGAGGAUCUCCACCCCUCCCUGAUAAACAAAGCACAGACUUUACCAUCAUUUAUUUAUUUUCCAUUGAAACUGAAAUAUUUCCAAAUGUUAUUUAUAAUUUAACAUUCUUGUGCAGUCAUAAUAAAUUAAUAAUAACUUUUCAUAA